AUGCAGAACUCCUCCAAUCUUCCAAGACAGAAUCUUCGAUCCUCGAAAAAAAAUAAAGAAGAUGAAGAAGAGAACCACAGAGAAGAGAAAGGUCUACAAGAGAAAAGAUCGGAUAGAAUGAUUCCAUCUUCAACUCGUCGAAAACAAGUUCUUGUGGACAUUCGAACGUACAGAUCCAGCCAUCAACGUUGGCAAGGGCAGGAAACUAGAAUAUCGCAUCGAUCCAGACAGAGAUACAGUAUCUGGGCCAUUCCAAAAUUUGGGACAUUUUUCAACAAUUCAUAUGCUAGCAUCGGAUUUCUUGAAAUCUAA